UUGGAAAAUCCUGCCCUGCCACGGAAGACUAAAUAAAUUGUAGCCUCAGACCAGAUUAUAAAUCUGAGCUUGGAGUGUUUAGUCACAGAUCAAGAGCAGCUUGAGGGAUGGGAAGGAUGGAUCCGGUACAGAGCACGGCUGCCUCAAGUAUUUGCACUUUUGUAUUCAUCCUUCAGCACGCACACUGGUACCUCAGGAAUGUCCUGCCACUCCAGCUGUCACCUCUCCAUGCAGCCAGGGACUGCCCAGGGGUGUCUCUGUCGUGUCAGCGUCCCCUGAGGUCAGCGUGACCCACAGGAGCCUGGGCAAGGGCAGCACAAUGGAGCAUCCUUUGGGCAGAACACCAAUCAUCCCAGAGAACACCAGUCCUGCUGCACAACACCAACCAUCCCAGAGAACACAAGUCCUGCAGCACAACACCAACCAUCCCACAGAACACCAAUCCUGCUGCACAACACCAACCAUCCCACAGAACACCAGUCCUGCUGCACAGCACCAACCAUCCCAGAGAACACCAGUCCUGCUGCACAACACCAACCAUCCCAGAGAACACCAGUCCUGCUGCACAACACCAACCAUCCCACAGAACAACAAUCCUGCUGCACAACACCAACCAUCCCACAGAACACCAGUCCUGCUGCACAGCACCAACCAUCCCACAGAACACCAAUCCUGCUGCACAACACCAAUCCUCCUGCACAACACCAAUCCUCGUCCCAGAACACCAAUCCUCCUGCACAACACCAGUUCUCCUCCGGCACAACACCAAUCCUCCCCCAGAUCACCAAUCCUCCUCCCAGAUCACCAAUCCUCCCCCAGAUCACCAAUCCUCCCCCCGAACACCAAUCCUCCCCCAGAUCACCAAUCCUCCUCCCAGAACACCAAUCCUCCCCCCGAACACCAAUCCUCCCCCAGAUCACCAAUCCUCCUCCCAGAACACCAAUCCUCCCCCCGAACACCAAUCCUCCCCCAGAUCACCAAUCCUCCUCCCAGAACACCAAUCCUCCCCCCGAACACCAAUCCUCCCCCAGAUCACCAAUCCUCCUCCCAGAACACCAAUCCUCCCCCCGAACACCAAUCCUCCCCCAGAUCACCAAUCCUCCUCCCAGAACACCAAUCCUCCCCCCGAACACCAAUCCUCCCCCAGAUCACCAAUCCUCCUCCCAGAACACCAAUCCUCCCCCCGAACACCAAUCCUCCCCCAGAUCACCAAUCCUCCUCCCAGAACACCAAUCCUCCCCCCGAACACCAAUCCUCCCCCAGAUCACCAAUCCUCCUCCCAGAACACCAAUCCUCCCCCCGAACACCAAUCCUCCCCCAGAUCACCAAUCCUCCUCCCAGAACACCAAUCCUCCCCCCGAACACCAAUCCUCCCCCAGAUCACCAAUCCUCCUCCCAGAACACCAAUCCUCCCCCCGAACACCAAUCCUCCCCCAGAUCACCAAUCCUCCUCCCAGAACACCAAUCCUCCCCCCGAACACCAAUCCUCCCCCAGAUCACCAAUCCUCCUCCCAGAACACCAAUCCUCCCCCCGAACACCAAUCCUCCCCCAGAUCACCAAUCCUCCUCCCAGAACACCAAUCCUCCCCCCGAACACCAAUCCUCCCCCAGAUCACCAAUCCUCCUCCCAGAACACCAAUCCUCCCCCCGAACACCAAUCCUCCCCCAGAUCACCAAUCCUCCUCCCAGAACACCAAUCCUCCCCCCGAACACCAAUCCUCCCCCAGAUCACCAAUCCUCCUCCCAGAACACCAAUCCUCCCCCCGAACACCAAUCCUCCCCCAGAUCACCAAUCCUCCUCCCAGAACACCAAUCCUCCCCCCGAACACCAAUCCUCCCCCAGAUCACCAAUCCUCCCCCCGAACACCAAUCCUCCUCCGGCACAGCCGUCCGGCCGCUCCCCACGGCCCGUGCCCGUGCCUGCCGCUCAGCCCGGCUCCGGCACCAGCACACAGCCCAGAAAUGCCUCCUGCCCCUCCUUCCCCGCAGCUAUGUGCUCCCGCAAUUGCUGCUCCAGCCUUUUGUCUUUCCAGCCUGCCUUUACAGCGCUGCUUGGGAAACUCGGGGAAGCUGCCGCGAGAAGCUGCAGCGAGCGGUGGCACUCAGAAGUCGCUAG